CCCACACAGGCCCUCGGUUCGGCAGUUGGUUAAAAUGCGUGGUUGUCAACAAGUCUUGCGCGUCCUCCGCGCCCCCAUGCGCUUCGUGGCCGCGCCCAAGGCCGUCCGCUCGCUCGCCUUCCGCAGCCAGGUCGCGCGCAUGUCGACGAUCUACAAGGGCCAGACCCCCUUCGAGGACAUUAACCGCCACCACAGCGACGCCGAGAUCCGCAUCGCCCAGGUGCCCGUCAUCGAGGUUGACGGCGACACGGCCGUGUGCGACGGCGGUGGUGGUGCCCUCGGCCACCCGCUCGAGUACAUCGCCCUCGACAUUGUGUCCCACGAACCCCAGGCGUGCAAGUACUGUGGUCUUCGCUUCAAGAAGCACCACCACCAUUAAUCGUCUUAUCCUGCCGGUCGUAACUACCCAAUGUACUAGUACUACGUUGGCUCGGUCA